UUAUGGUUCGAUACGACGCUAAAAAAUAGUCCGUCGCGAGAUGAUUAUAUAAAUAAGAAUUUUCAUUUUCGAUACAUUUUUUUAACAUUAACGGUUGAUAAUUACAUAACUUCAGAGUCAUGGUGAAUCAAAAAGUCUAGCGGCAGAUAUUUAAUGUUUUUAAGUCGAUUGGGUGAGACCGCUAGGAUCAGUGGAUGGCGCCAAACUAUUGAUCUACUGCAAUGCGGUGUUUGAUAAAAAAGUUAUUAAAUUACGAUUUAUUACUGUAAGAAUGAGGAAGAAAAUAAACCAAGAUAAAAGAUUUGCUUUUUUAAAUAUUUUAAAGUAAAUAUAGUUGUAAUUAUAUUGGAGAUUGUUGGAAAUAAAUGAACCGGCAAAAGGGAGGAACCGUGGCAACACUGAGCGCCGGCAGCCCGCUUUAUAUACCCCCUCCACUGAUACCGCAGCUCAUUCUUGCAGCAAUCGUUAUAGGAACUUCAUCGUCUGUUCACUGUAGCGGUUAUAGCAAGCUACUACUCAUUUUCAUUCAUUUUGAACUAGUCUACACUUAAAACAAACAAUGCGUGAGUGUAUCUCCAUACAUGUUGGGCAAGCUGGCGUCCAGAUUGGUAACGCCUGCUGGGAGCUGUACUGCUUGGAGCAUGGGAUCCAGCCUGACGGCCAGAUGCCCUCAGACAAGACUGUUGGAGGAGGUGAUGACAGCUUUAACACUUUCUUUUCCGAGACUGGUGCUGGUAAACACGUCCCAAGGGCUGUGUUUGUCGACCUUGAACCAACCGUUGUUGAUGAGGUAAGGACCGGGACCUACAGGCAGCUUUUCCAUCCAGAGCAGCUGAUCACUGGCAAGGAAGAUGCAGCAAACAACUAUGCUCGUGGACACUACACCAUUGGCAAAGAGAUUGUCGACCUUGUACUGGACAGAAUUCGUAAACUUGCCGAUCAAUGCACUGGUCUUCAGGGUUUCCUUAUCUUCCACUCGUUCGGCGGAGGCACUGGUUCUGGAUUUACAUCUCUUCUCAUGGAACGGUUGUCUGUUGACUAUGGCAAGAAAUCUAAACUGGAAUUCGCCAUCUACCCUGCUCCUCAGGUUUCCACUGCAGUAGUUGAACCAUACAAUUCCAUCUUGACUACCCACACCACCCUUGAACACUCAGACUGUGCUUUUAUGGUUGACAAUGAGGCUAUUUACGAUAUUUGCAGGCGAAAUCUUGAUAUCGAACGACCCACUUAUACCAAUCUCAAUAGGCUUAUUGGACAAAUUGUUUCAUCUAUCACAGCUUCUCUUCGGUUCGAUGGUGCUUUGAAUGUGGACUUGACUGAAUUCCAGACCAACUUGGUACCUUAUCCACGUAUCCAUUUCCCUCUGGUUACCUACGCCCCUGUGAUCUCUGCCGAGAAAGCUUACCAUGAACAACUCUCAGUAAUGGAAAUCACCAAUGCUUGCUUUGAACCAGCCAACCAGAUGGUGAAGUGUGAUCCAAGGCAUGGUAAAUACAUGGCCUGCUGCAUGUUGUACAGGGGUGAUGUCGUGCCGAAGGAUGUAAAUGCUGCUAUUGCGACUAUCAAAACCAAGAGAACAAUUCAGUUUGUCGACUGGUGCCCGACAGGAUUUAAGGUGGGCAUCAACUACCAGCCCCCGACCGUCGUUCCUGGUGGUGACCUGGCCAAGGUCCAGAGAGCCGUGUGCAUGCUGUCCAACACGACUGCUAUCGCAGAGGCUUGGGCUCGCCUAGACCACAAGUUCGACCUCAUGUACGCCAAGAGGGCCUUUGUCCAUUGGUAUGUUGGUGAAGGUAUGGAGGAGGGAGAAUUCUCAGAGGCCAGGGAAGAUUUGGCUGCCCUCGAGAAGGAUUACGAAGAGGUCGGCAUGGACUCAGUGGAAGGGGAGGGCGAAGGAGCAGAAGAGUACUGAUGAUGAGAAGAGGCCCAGAGCUCUAGCUCCAAACCAACCAGCAUCUUUUUCUUUUUUAAAUAUUUUUUAUAAUUUUUCAUCCUGUAAUUUUUAUGAUCCACGUCUAUAUGUAUAUCUUGAAUUGAGUAUGUAUAUUCCUUUAUCACUUUGUAUAAUUUUUACGUCAUUAGCUUCAUUUCAUUUAAUAAUAUUUAAAUAAAAGCAUUGUGGUAAAACUAUAACUUGUUUUUAAUUUUUAUACCAUUUUUUUUUUCCAAUACACAGCUUGUUCGACCGGACUUAGUUAACCCUUCAAAGGCCAUAAACAGCAUGCACCA